UUUCCUCUUCCCCUUUCUCUUUCAUCUGCGUUCCUCUUUUUUCUUCUCCCAGCCAAAGCAAAACCACCGAACAACAUCCACCACCACACCACUGCCGGCGAGCCGCGACCACUCUUCUCCUUCUCCAUCCAUCACCGCCGCAUCCUCCUCAAUCUUCUGUAUUGAUUCUUUAGUUUAGAGAGCUAUCUCCAUCCAUCUCUCUAGUUUAGAAAUUGGUUAAUUCUUAGAGUUCAAAAGCUGACUUUGUUUUUAACUGAGACACAACUAUAAACUCUUUUCUAACAACACAUGAUUAUAUCACACCCUUUUACACCUUUUCCUUCUUGCAUUACCAUUACAUGCUCCAAACCUUUUUCCCAUAAUAAUCAUUUUAUCAAAUCCUAUAUACCUCCUUUUCUGCUCUUGAGAAAUGCUAGAUCAUCGACAUUGUUAUGUAGUGCUAGAAGUGGACGAAAUGAAAAUUCAAACAGUUUGGACUUUGAUAUAGACAUCAAUGAGGAAGAUCAAGUGCUUGAGAAUGAUGAUUAUGGUGGGUUUUCAGCUCAAGGGAUGGAAACAAAUGAUAUUAUUGAUGUAGAUGAAGGACAAGAUGAUGGUGAUGGCAGAAGAUAUUCAGGUGGAGGACCGUAUAAAGGCAGGGAUGAGAAGGAUUUUGAUAGAAAUCCAGAAUUUGCUGAAAUACUUGGUGAUUAUCUAGAUGAUCCUGAGAAGGCACAGUCCAGAAUGGAAGAGAGACUAAGAAAAAACAGGAACAAAAUACUCCACACAAAGACCGGAUCAGGAGUACCAAUGAAAGUGUCAUUCAAUAAAUUUGAUUUUUCAAACUCAUAUAUAUGGUUUGAAUUUUACAAUGCUCCAUUGGCAAAAGACAUCAACUUAAUUUGUGAUGCUAUUCGAGCAUGGCACAUUGUAGGACGACUUGGAGGAUGCAAUGCCAUGAACAUGCAACUGUCACAGUCUGAGAUAGAAAAACGACCAAGUUACGAUUAUAUUCAGGGAGCGAAUGUAACACCAACGACAUUUUACAACAUUGGGGAUCUUGAGGUUCAAGACAACUUGGCUCGAAUAUGGAUAGAUAUUGGGACUAAUGAACCAUUGAUUCUAGAUGUUUUGAUAAAUGCAUUGACACAGAUAAGUUCUGACUUUGUUGGGAUCAAGCAAGUAGUGUUUGGUGGAGAAGAAUUUGAGAAUUGGAAAGAGGAUUUAACAUCAGAGGAUUCAGGUUAUGGUGUUCAUAAGAUCUAGCCAAUUUUCUAGGCAUAUGGUCAAAUGAAAGAGUAAAUCAUGGUUACAAUUGUUAUCAAACUUUAUACAAGUUUUAUUAGGAGACAAGUCAACAAUGUUGCUCAUUUGUUUGCAAGAACGUCACCGUAUUUCAUUAGCCAUCAAGAGUUUGAUCAUACCCCAUUAUGUAUUUGUAUUCAAACAAUUUUGAUGAAUGAAAUGAGUUAAAUUUAUUUCUUUAAGAAAAAA